AUGGCCAAGUCAGCAAAAAAGUCAGCAGGCAAAAAGAGCUCAACGACUACAGCCUCAAGACCGAAAUCUGGUCCUCCUCCAUUCACCAAAGCCUCUGAUUCCCUCCAGUCCUUCCUCGAGCCGCUGUCAACGGAAGAAAUAUAUCUGAUCCACAUAGAUAGCAAUACGGUAGACCUCAAGACGAAGACCUUCAUUGUACCUGUCGUGAUCAAUGUUCUCAUCACCGCUGUCAUCGCUCUACGAGCCUACAUGGGCUUCUACAUCUACCCUCCCAUGCUAGCAACAUUGCUCGGAUUGUCUACCUCCACUGCAGUUGAUCCAUCAGUAACAUCUAUGGGACAGACGGUGAAUAUCAUCGUUCAACGAACAGCCAACCUACUCUUCGACUAUCUCCUCGUGACGAUCUUCCUCGCCUGGCCUGUUCGAUUCGUCCUGGGUCCCGUCAAGUGGCGUCGUGCGGUUGGCUUCCGCGACCGCGAGAUAAUCGUCCGCAGGAGCCAGGGUGGCUGGAGCCAGAAUCUCGUGCGCAAUAGCUGGAUCCGCGAUGAUGAGGAGGCGCGCAACAAGGUCGUCGCGGCAAUGACACCGGAUCGCAUCCAGAAGACCGGGUAUCUGCUCGUCGACGCAGACUGGGACCUGGAUUAUGAUGCUAUGAUACGUGCCCAUGAGAUGGUUGACCGUACACGGAAAGGACAAGGGGUUCCGCUGGACGAGUUCCGCACGGCCAUCCUCGUCAACACGGAUACCAAUGGCUGGCUGAUCUGGCACAUCCGUGAUGGUUUCGGUGCGAAUUCCCAACGGGAGCAAAUCUUGGCGUUUAAGGACAAGCUCACCGAGAUGGGUAAGGAGGAUUUAUUCUUUCGGUGGGUCGAAAUCAUUCAGUACGAGAGUACUCGGCCGGGUGGGUUCACGCCUGAAAGGCAGUAUGCUGCCAUGAAUCAGGCAAAGAAGCUCUUUGAGGAUAACGAUGUGGACUUUUCCCGCUUUUGGCGAGAGGUAGGCGGGAUGAAUGGCCUUCCUGGUUUUGAAGAAUAG